AUGUUUGUCCGCCCAAAAAUAAUUCCAGUACAGGGUGUUUGCUGCAAACUGAAAAUCCUCCCCAUCACUUUUCUCACUAGCCUGCGAACAGCGGACGCAUUUCCGGAGGGAGAGAAGCGACGACCGGAAAUGCCUCUGCUGUUCGCAGGCUAUUUUUUCACGAAAUUUUCACCGACAUGUGGACCCCUUUCUUCACCAUUCAGACCCCCUCUAGAGUAUUGCCGAGUAAAAACCCAGAGAGACGCCUGGGAACGUAUAACCCUCAGGCACUGGUUUGCAUACGUAGGUUUUGUGUGGUUUCGGUCGAUUGAGUCUCUUUCUAGACUUGUGAUGAACAUGAAUGGUAGUGAUUUGUCAAAAUUUCGAUAUGACAAGGCCAUAGUCUGUGGGAUACCUUCAUCGCUGCCUGCUGCUGCACAAAGACAGAGUGAUUGCCUGGAGCCGGUUAACUUGAGCAAAGCAUUAAACCAACAUGCUAACUACGUUCGAGCUUUGAAAAAUAUGGGAUUACAAGUCAUAGAGCUUACAGCGGACGAACAGUACCCAGACUGUGUAUUUGUUGAAGAUGCUGCAGUGGUGUGUGGUGACAUUGCUUUAGUUUGUAGGUUGGGUCACCCAACCAGACGUGGCGAGUCCGCCAGGAUGAAAACUGUGCUACAGGAGCUUGGUUUGAGUGUGGAAGAAAUGGAACACCCUGCUACUCUAGAUGGAGGGGACGUCCUCUUCACAGGUAAAGAAUUCUUAGUGGGAUUAUCUGAGAGAACGAAUGAGCAAGGAGUACACAUCUUAGCGGAAACGUUCGGUGACUAUCCUGUGACAGCCAUUUCAGUUUCGAAUCACCUGCAUCUCAAAUCCUUGAUGUCAAUGGCUGGACCUGACACUGUCAUGGUUGGAGGAAGUAGUGAAGCAGACGACGUUUGGAAUGAAGUUGAGAAAAAAAGCGAAGUUCAAGUAUGA